AUGUCGUCGCAGGUGGUGUAUUUUGGCCCGCGGCCACUCCAGCCGUUGAACGGCACCAUGCGCCACGGCUUUGACACGGACCAUAACCUGGACCGGUUCCUCCGCACGCUCGCCAACACCUUCUAUAUUUAUUUCGAUGACAAGCGUCACAUCGCCAACGGCCGCCCGCUCAGCGCCAGCAUGAAGCGACUCCCGGCGCUCGCACGGCAUUUCCAGCCCAUUGCCGACUGGAAAGUCAUGCGGGAGCGGCAGAAAACCAUCAGUGCUGUUCUCGUACUCUGCUUGAACCUUGGCGUGGAUCCUCCAGACGUGAUGAAAACGCACCCGUGUGCAAAGCGCGAGGCGUGGUGUGAUCCGCUGGCCUUUUCAGACACCAAGAAGGCGCUCGAGGCCAUUGCCAAGGGCUUGCAAGCGCAGUACGAGACGCUCCUGUUGCGUACGCGAUACAAGCAGUCUUUGGACCCGUGUGUCGAAGAUGUCAAGCGGUUCUGCAACACAUUGCGCCGCAACGCCAAGGACGAGCGCAUCUUGUUCCAUUAUAAUGGUCAUGGCGUGCCGCGGCCCACUGCCAGCGGCGAGAUCUGGGUCUUCAACCGAGGCUACACCCAGUACAUUCCAAUCCUGCUCUAUGACUUGCAGACGUGGCUCGGCGCUCCGGUGGUGUUCGUGUGGGACUGCAGCGGCGCCGGAAACAUUGUGCACAGCUUCAAGAAGUUUGUGCAGCGGCGAAUUGACGAUGACAACGAGGGCAACCACGACUUGAGCGCCCCGCUGCCCACGUCUGCGUACCUAGAUCUGCUUCAGCUCGCCGCCUGCAAAAGCAACGACACCUUGCCCAUGAGCCCAGCUUUGCCCGCAGACUUGUUCACCUGCUGCCUCACCUGUCCAAUCGACAUGUCGCUCCAGUGGUUUAUCAUGCGGCUGCCGCUAGAGAAAAGCCACUACGCCCGGCUCCCACGCAACUCGGCCGGAAACGUCAUUGUGCCAGGCAAGCUCACCGACCGCCGUACGCCGCUUGGCGAGUUGAACUGGAUAUUCACCGCCAUUACUGACACCAUUGCGUGGACACUGUUGCCGCGGCCCGUGUUCAAACGGCUCUUCCGGCAAGAUUUGAUGGUGGCUGCGCUCUUCCGUAACUUUUUGUUGGCUAAGCGGAUUAUGCCCCACUUCAAUUGCACCCCAGUGAGCGAUCCUCCCUUGCCCGACGCUGUGCGUAACCAUCCGAUGUGGGAUCUGUGGGACCUUGCAAUCGACCAGGUGUUUGCGCAGUUGCUCGAAAAGGAGCUUCUGACAGACCCAGACCAGAGCCAGAACCAAGGCCCGAAUCUCACCCAGCCACCGCUUCUGAAUCUGCAUCAGAGUGCAAUCGUGAAUCUGAACCUGGCAGCAGUAGCCACUGCGCCUGGAGCUGGCCAGCCCAGCUUGAAUUACCAGCAUUCAACCUUUUUCGAACAGCAGCUCACGGCGUUUGAUCUUUGGCUCAAAUAUGCCGGUCCGUCCACCAAGGAGCCUCCAGAACAGCUACCGAUUGUCUUGCAAGUGUUGUUGUCCCAGGUGCAUCGCCUUCGUGCGUUGAUCUUGCUUUCCAAGUUUUUGGAUAUGGGCCCGUGGGCUGUAUACUUGUCGUUGUCCAUCGGAAUCUUCCCGUACGUGCUCAAGUUGCUUCAAAGCCCGGCACAGGAAUUGAAACCCGUCCUUAUUUUCAUCUGGGCUCGUAUCAUGGCUAUUGAUUACCGCAGCACACAACAAGAGCUCUGCAAGGACAAGGGUUACAACUAUUUCUACCUUAUUUUGAAUUCCACUCCACAUAACCCUAUCGGUGCCCCAGGAGCUCCAGGUGGGCUCAAUACCUCGAACCCGGGCUCCGUCGUGGUCAACGAUGACCAUAAGGCUAUGAGCGCAUUUAUUCUCACACUUUUCAUCAAAGACUUCAAGAAUGGCCAGCGUCUCUGCUUCUCCAUCGAGCUCGUGGCAAAUUGUCUUCGUUUUAUAUCGACAAGUGAAAAUCCAUUGUUGCGUCAAUGGUGCUGUUUGCUUCUCUCCCAGCUUUGGCUCAGGUACCCAGACGGGAAAUGGAUAAUUUACAAAGACGGCCACUUGAAUCGCCUCUUGGAUUUGGUAGCCGAUCCUAUUCCUGAAGUUCGUACAUCCAUCAUUGUGGCUCUCACAACAUUUUUGUCUGAGCCUGAAGAUACCGAGCUGCCUAAGAGAUCUCGUGACGAUUUUUCGUCCGCACCUAGUGUCAGCGCUGAUCUUCGCAAGGAUGAGUUGAAGCAGCAGGAUUUGAAGCUUGCGAAUGUGAUUUUACGCUUGCUAGGCGAUGGAUCGUCUAUUGUUCGUCGCGAAAUUGUGUUUUUCAUUGGUCGCUUCAUCAAAAUCUACCCGAACUUCUUCUUGGUAGUAGCAUUCAAUCAAUUGGAGGAGGAAAUUGUAUUGAUUGACAAUCCAAACAACUUACAAGAAUUCCGAAAGAAGUCUCCAGCAUACGGUUCAAUCUUUAGCUCCAUCUGGAAAGCGCUUUUGAUUUUAUCUGAAGAUCCACAUCUUGAAGUAAAACAAUUAGCAGAGAUAUUGAUAGAUUCAGUCAUGGUGAAGCUCAACCAGAGCGAACUUUCAGGCUUGGUCAAGGAAAUGCAAGACUAUCUUUUAAGCAAGUCCUACAUCAACAUCAAUGAUAACUUCAAGUCGUCAAAACCAAUCGUCAACCGUCCCAUGGCAUUACACAAUGGGCCAAAACGACAGGCUUCCAGUGGGUCAGUUCUAAACAGGCAAAACACUCUUACAAUCAGUGGUACAGGCAGAUCGCGUUCUUACUCACAGGGUGACUCAAACGAUCACAGCGAUGCGUCAUCAAUUUCUUCCAAGUUGCGCAAUUUGAGCAUCUCUCGUAUUUUCAAGUCCUUCAACCUAAAUGAGGAAACAGACAUCAACAACUUCACAAAAAUCUUGAAUCCUGGACCUGUCUCAAGCCAUUAUGGCCAGGAGUACAAGCCAAAGACUCCUCGAUACGAACCACGCCCAGAUAUGAAAGAACCUGAGCUUCCUGAAGAGUCUGGAUUUUUUGAGUACAGCUGCGAGUACUUUCAAGAGCCUCAAAUGUCGAAAACAGAGAUUGAGCAACCAGGAUCCGAAGAGUACGUCAAACGCUUAUGGCGGCGUAACAGAAACGAGCAGGUUAUUCAAGAGACGCAACCACAGAAGAAAAUGGCUAUUCGUGGCGACUGGAAUAGAGACACAACGGUGUUGAACAACAAGACACAGCCAAAACUCAUCAAGUUCAUGCAGUUUGAAAAGUUAUUGGUGGCCACAGAUGAUAAGGACAACGUUUCAGUCUGGGACUGGGAAGCCCGCGAUAUUGUGACAAAGUUUUCCAACGGGAACCCCUUUGGCACGAAAAUCACUGACUUGAAGUUUUUGAACGAAGACGACUUGCCUUUAGUAAUGACGGGCUCAUCCGACGGAGUGGUAAAGAUCUAUCGUAACUUCCACUAUGAAGGAGGUGAUGAGAAACCCGUUGAGCUUGUCACAGCUUGGAGAGCAUUGACCGAUCUUCUUCUUACAUCUAAAAGUACUGGUCUCAUCAGUGAAUGGCAGCAAUCGCGUGGUUCGCUUUUGGUCAGUGGUGACGUGAAGGUUUUCCGUGUAUGGGACGCCCAACGUGAACUUUGUGUGCUUGAUAUUCCGGCUAGGUCUACAUCUUCCAUCACGUCAAUCACAUCAGACCAGGUGGCGGGAGACGUCUUUGUCGCAGGCUUUGACGAUGGAAGUUUACGGGUUUAUGACCGCCGACUUGAUGCCCGCGAGUCCAUGGUUCAGCUUUGGCAGAAUGGCCGAGGUGGCGCUAAGGACAUUGGCAGGGGCUCGAUUAGAAACGUUCACAUGCAGCGGGGUGGGUUCCGUGAGCUUGUCAGCGGUUCAGCCGACGGAUAUGUCAAUCUAUGGGAUAUCAGAAACACCGAGCCAGUGGCAACAUUCACCACACCAGAGCAAGGCUUGCGGUGCAUUGAUGUUCACGAACAUGCUCCAAUUAUUUGUACGGGGUCCAAGUGGGUCAAUAUGUGGACAACGUCAGGCGACAUGAUUGCCACCUUGAAAAACCCACACGACGGCUAUCUCACUAAUCGUACGCUGAACUACUUGGCUAACGUGACCUUUCAUCCACAUCGCAUGAUGGUAACAACCAACUUCAACCAAGACGGGCAUAUCAACGUGUACAAGUGCACAGAUAUAAUGUCAGAGUACUGA